ACCGUCGCGGGGACGCUGCAGGUCGUGGUAGAACGUAAGAUCGGGAACGCCCGACAUCUCGUCUUGCGCAAACUACUGAGAAGCAAAGAUAAGCAGAAGCACUUGUCAAAACCUCGCGAAGGACACCUACCAGUCUUUGUUUGAGAGUCCGGACAGAGAGAGGCUCAUGUUGCAGGACGAUUUCGAAGCAGGCCGGGCGGUAUAAAAAUGGGGUUCGAGUUGUGUGAUGACGAAAGCGCGUGUGCGGCGGGGUCCCCUGAAAAUCCUCAUCGCUUCGAAUAAAAUUGGGAAUCAGGUUGUCUUAUUUACAUUCGUAUGCACCCUCAGUCGCCGAUAUCUGGUACAGUACACCAUGCCUCCGAAACAAAAGAGCCGUGUGGCAACAAAGAAAAAGCCGAAGCGAAGGAGGACCGCUUAUAAGGUACGGCGGAUCGGCAUAUCAACCCAGACAGCCUCAGGCGACGACGAGGACGAUAAGGACUAUAAGGACUAUGGCGCCUCCGAUUCCGAUGGGGAGGAGAUUAGGACCUCAACAAGAUCAUCGGCUGCUAAGACGACUAUCGUAUUAGAUGACUCGGAUUCUGAUGUACCGCUGAGUGCUUUACAGCGGAAACGCAGUAGCGCCGCUUCGGCCUCGACAGUUCAGCAGCAGCCUUGCUAUCUAUUAUCGCUUCCAAAUGAACUCUUGCAGAAAAUCCUGGACUACGUAUGCGAGUACCAGCCUUUCGCGUUUAACAAGGCAAGAUUCCGCCCUUUAGCGCUUGUCAGUGAGCAAUUUCGCCAGAUUAUCCAACCAAAACUAUUCGAUACUCUUCGUAUAUCGCAGAUCAAGAGGCUGUAUAGGCUCGCGAAGCUUCUCCAACAGAACCAAGCGAUUCAGGGAUAUACCCGCUAUAUCGAACUCAGUCUACAAUGCAGUCUUGCUGAAGAAUCAAAUAUGGUUGCCUCAGCCAUCGGUGCCGCAAUCCCCCUCUGCAAGAACCUGAGCACACUUCAGGUCGAGUUUAAGGCCCCUUUUGGAUACCAAGUCAUAUUUCCAAUCCUACCACGAAACUUCGAGGCGCCUUCAGUGGAAUGUCUGGAAUUAGGCGCCGAGGUCUUGACCUCUUCUUUUAUGCAUUUCGUCAGCGGGUUUAAAAAAAUAAAGCGCCUGCACUUGAGGACUCUCUCCCUGGGUCAACUUCGAAUUUCAGAUGAGGACCUGACGUUUAUCUCCCCAUCGGUGACGACGCUGAUACUCUCGCAUUGCAUCUUUGGACCUGAGACCGUCCAAUUGCUUUCCACAUGCCUUCCCAAUAUCACAACUGUCUCUCUCGAUUCAUGCAAAGGACCGAUAUCAGACUUAUUAACUGCCAUCAAGUCGCAAAGUGAGUCAUUCGUGAAUCUCUCCGCCUGCUCAUGUACCGAAACAGCUGUGAAACGGGUUGCUGCCAACCGCCUGCAUCUCCCUGUCUCGUUAUGGAACUCGCUACAGACUAUCAGACUGCUGUACUGCCGGUCUUUGGACAAUCUGAACGAGAUCUUCGCCGCUGAUGAAAGCUCGGAGAAACUGCAUCUCAGAGAUCUACGUCUCCUUGAAAUCGUGGAAGCUGAGCGUCUGGACCAGAUCACCCACGAGAGCUUGGUAUCGGUGAUGCGUCUUGGGAGUGUUCUAAACAAUCCGCCGAGUGACGAGUCUGAGCACGUUCCCCACUCUGACGCAGAAACUCCAGCAGUCCAUCGGCCCAGCACACGCCAUUUUCUUGCUACUGUGAAUGUUGGAACGCCUAAGCUAGAAGCAUUUUAUCCACCACUUACAUUAGGGGAGGAUAUUACUUAUGAAAAAGACCGCGAGAGUACUUAUAUGAACUUUCUGCGCCAAAGAGGAAGGUAUGCGAAACCAUUGCUGCAGACUAUAACUGAUGAAAACACGAACGGGUCUGUUGCGCAUUUUGAGGUGGGCUCAGAAUUGCGAACUUGAUGCCGCACCUGAGAAGUGUCUAUCAACAGUCAGCGGUCAUUCAGAAAAUUACCCUGCAAGCUAGUGCUCACAGAAUAACACAAAGGGUGGUGUGAACAUGGUCCACGGACUCAAAAAAUUUAUCAAGCUGUCAUCACAGUUCAUGAUUCAUUAGAUGCACAAAGGCAACCCCCGACCCAAUCAUAGACCAAGAUGGCACCAGGAAUCAAGGACAAGCCUACAUUGAAAUUGGCUUUGAACAAGUUGCAUUAGCAACUCGAACCCCAGCGACUCCCUAGCAGAGCUUGGAAAUUCUUGUGUCAGAGAGCUUUUCAUACGUCCAAGGUCACAUCAGGAACCAGAGACUGAGCGCCCCUCCGUGACGGAGGGCUAGACAGAGCUUGGAGAUACCUGCCGGGUAUCCUAUGCACCGAGCCGAUGUCCCUGCUAGCAACCGCAGUCCACCAGC